GGUUUGCCACUUGAGAGGUGCACAGCCCUGCUGCUACUUAAUUACGUGCCAACUUACAAGUUCGCUCUGCCCGACGUUCCCCGUCGAAGCAAGACUCCUUUCUCUGCAACAACUCCAUCAGUUGUUUUAUCACCAAGGCAAGACCAGGCCUCUUAUUCUGAUCCAUUGGAACUACCAUCCACCUAUGCUCCUCAGUUUAUCCCACCAUCUCAGCACCAACGCCAACGCCGUGCCCUAGGGAACCCGCCAGCCGGUAGAACUAGGAGCCGCCGACGCCGAGAUUUAAAGGCAUCGGCGUACAAUCUAGUAAACCCUUCUACUGCCUUACCAGUAAUACACUUCGGUACCAAGGUCACCGUCGCUAUUACCGCCGACGAAAUGGGCCGUGCGAAGAUUGUUCCCAACGACCUUCUUGCCGACAUCCCUGGUGUGGUCGCAGUCCAAUCCCCUCUCCUUUCCAGCCUCAAUCCAAGCCCAAAGUCAAAAGGGUAAAAAGGGCUAAAGCCAAAGCCACUGUCACAGAGGUCGAGUUUGAAGACACUGUGCCGAUCUCGAAGUUGGCUAAGAUCGAGGAAAAAUCAUCAGCCAUCAGGAAGAGGCCCACCGAGGUUGAUCUAUUCGACAAAUCGCAAUCCAAGAAGCCAAGGUCUGAAGAAGCAACACAGCCCGGUGUGUUCCACACCAACAAACCUUGGACGCUGAUGUUUAUGGUCGGAGACCGACCUUUGUUGGCUGGGGACAGUGCCCUAGACGAUGUGUAAAUCGGUGCUGCUAUUUCCACUACUAUCCUUCUGUCGGCCGACAUCAAUUGAAUGGCCGAGCUCACUAAGUAUGAGAACUAUGCCUUGAUGAUGCAACAUUGUGUUCUGGCCAUCCAGCCAGGUUACUCCUUUGCAGUGAAGACCAAGGCAUUCAAAAAAGGGUUGACCGACAAGACGAAUGAGGCAGCCAAGCUCCUUGCUACACUGAACCAGGCCGAAGGUCGCAUCCGAAGCUUACUAGAUCAGAACAAGGCUGCCCAACUGGCAAAAAGCAAUGCCAAGGAUCGUGCUGAGGCCGCUGAAAAUAUCGUCGUGGUUGUUUAGGCCUAGGAAAAAGAGGCAAAGGAAAAGGAGGCCGAGGCCCUGACCAAACUCUGAACAGUGCUCGCUAUAAAAAAGGCCAAGCUCAAAGACUGCUGAUGAAAAGGCUUAUGCAAAAGGGGUAGCUAACGUCCGUGACGCCUACAUGAAGCAGGUCAACCAUGCCUGUAAUAAGGUUUACAUCAUUAGUUGGAUGGCUGCGUUGAAGGAGUUGGCUAUCCCCGACGACUCGCCUCUUACCGACGCUAGCCGACUUGCUCUUCCAUUCCCGUCAACUCCAAGCCAAUCUGAAGAUGAAACUGAGGAAGAAGAAGAAGCCGAAGUCGAUAAGGCUCAGGGUGUAGUUGCCGAGGUUGAGGAUGAAGCUCAAGUUGUUGGGGCUACGUCCCCAACUCUAAAUGAGCAAGUCCUAGACUUGACUCAGGACGACAAGGACCAGGUUCCCAAGGCUGUUUCUGAAGCUGAAGUCAAAACUGCCGAAAAGAGCUUGGAUCAAACUCUUUUUGAAAUUGAUGCCAAGAAUGUGGUGGAGAAGGAAGCAAUACUGCCAAUUAAGGCCGACAUACCGCCAACAGCCAAGGUUGGGCAGUCCGAGAUCAAUGCCACUACUGCUAGUACUUAGGAUCUUCUCUUACUUUGAACUAUUUUCAGUACUAACCUUUUUUGUUUUGAACAAUUUCAAGUUUCAAUUCGGUUAAUGUGCCCUCGUUUGUAUCUGACCAAGUAGUCUUUUGUGAAUGCAUGCUUCCUUUGUAUGCUUAUUGCUUGUAUGUUUCUCCAUAUCGGGGUAGUACAUAUCGGAUAAGAAUAACAUCGGAGUUAUCCUUAGCUAGCCACCUCGGACCAAUAUCAUCUUGAUUUUAAAACUUGACCGUGUUUCUUGGCCAACACUUAGGCCAAGUUUGGGAAGUGUAAAAAAAGCUACAAAGCCAAAAAGUUACUCAAAAAGUUAAAAAGUUAUCACUAUUCACCAAAAGUCAAAAAUUACAGCUGCACAACUCCCAAUCCUAA